CCCUCCACCCAGAGGCAAGCAUUAUCCUAAUCUUCCUUGCCUUCUUUUGUGGUCUCAUCUCCUAGAGAUGCCCCUUGAAGAAGAGAGCUGUUGCUGCCCGUGUUUGAAUUGAGUAUGAGUAGGGUCACAUCACUCUCUGUGCCCAGCUUCUUUUGCUCCCCGUUAUGUCUGUUAGACCAACCAUGUAGCUGAAGUUUGCUCAUUUUAUUCCAUUUUUGGUUUAUAGGUACACAUACACGCCACUUAUUUAUGCAUUCCUCUGUUGAGGCAGAGCUGUGUUCUCCAGGUUUAAUGUUAUAAACAAUACUGCUGUGAAUGUUUACAUGCAUGUUUCCGGGACCAACUGCUGGGUCACACAUUUUCAGUUUGACUAGAUACCAUCACACUUUUUUCAGAGAUUGCUCCCAUCUACACUCCCACCAGCAACAAAUCUUAAUGUUUUAUUGGAUGAAUAACUCAAUGACUAGAAAUUUGGCCACACCUGCCUCAUUUCCCCCGUGGCACGCAAAUGUCCAUGCCAUGUUCUGCUUCGGGGACUCUGUAAGUCUCUGAGUGCUGUCCUCCUCCAAGAUCUCUUCCAGAUCUGUCUUAUGACUUGAUCUCACCCCAAGGACUAGGGGACUGUCAUAGUGCCCUCUGUAACAGAUGAGGAAACUGAGGUCCAGAGCAGGAAUUUGAGGGGCUGGGUAACCUGGGGCCUUGGACUCCCUUUCUGGGGUCCCAUUGCUAGGAGACUUCCUGCAAUCCAGCCCACUUUGGGCAUCUCAGUUCCCUCCUUCUCUAGGCCCUCAGCCUCAUACAGCCCAAAUGAGAAUUCCCAGGGAAUGUGAAGACUAGGGGAGUGUGGGACCCCAGGAACAAAGUUGGGAGUGCUAAGAGAAGGCUGCUUCAGGCUGUGUGCACCCAAGCGAGAAGCCCUGAGCACAAGUGGCCCCACAGAGGCCAAACACACACAGCCUGAUCUGGGUUCAUUAUCCAGAUGGAAGCUCUUGUUCCCAAUGCCCUGACCCCUGGCACAGGCUCCUGGCAACGUCCCAUCUCACUGAUCUGUGCCCUCCUCCCAUCUGGGCACCAGAACCCUGUCUCUAAGAUUCAGUCGGGAUGAUGGACAAGGUUGUGCGCUCCUCAAGGGACCCUUGCAGUUCCUCCCCCAGAUCUAUUUCUGGCCUAGGCGCCUCCCUCUCCCUUCAGUCCCCCUGCCUGACCUGACCCCACAGCUGGGAACAUUUGCUUGGGGGUGGGGCAGCCCCCUGACUAUAUAAGACUGGACCUAGGUAGUCCCGGGCACCCUGGAAGCGCAGCUCCUCCGGUGCUAAUACCUGCACACUCCAGCUUGACCCUCCAGCAGGCACUGCAAUGACAGAACAAGCCACCUCGGAGGUCCCUGCCUGUGGUCUGGAGGAGACCACCUCUGAGUCUGCACGUGUGCCCCCCACAGGGCCCUCUGGAGACACGGCAGCUCCGCAGGCUCCUGGCGGGAAGCAGGCUCCAGGGGGAGAGCGGGCUUCUGAGCCACAGGAGUCUGCCCCUCAGCCUCCUGACCCCGCAGCCCCGACAGCCACUGACCCUGCACUUCCGCGUGAAGAUUUCCCCAGUGCCCCGCUGCUGCUGGCCGUGGAGGAUGUGAGUGAGAGCUCCGUGACUGUGAGCUGGGAGCCUCCAGAGAGGCUGGGGAGGCUGGGGCUCCAGGGCUAUGUGCUGGAACUCCGUCGAGAGGGAGCCUUGGACUGGGUGCCUGUGAAUGCCCGGCCCAUGAUGGUGACCCAGCAGACUGUGCGGAACCUGGCUGUAGGUGACAAGUUCUUCGUGCGCGUGGCUGCAGUGAGCUCUGCAGGGGCUGGCCCACCAGCGGUGCUGGAGCAGCUUGUCCACAUCCAGGAGACCAUCGGUGGCAAGCAAUCUUUUCUGGUGAAUUUCAAAACCAGAGGACAUGUCCAUCCUUUGAGUCUAGAGGCCCCCAAGAUCCGUGUUCCCCGCCACCUUCGUCAGACCUACAUUCGCCAGGUGGGAGAGUCGAUUAACCUGCAAAUCCCCUUCCAGGGGAAUCCCAGGCCUCAGGCUUUGUGGACCCACAAUGGUCAUGCCCUGGACAGCCAGCGGGUGAGCGUGCGCACUGGGGACCAGGACUCCAUCCUCUUCAUCCGCUCAGCCCAGCGCUCCGACUCAGGCUGCUAUGAGCUCACUGUGCAGCUGAAAGGCCUGGAGGCCAAGGCAGCCAUCAACAUCCUGGUGAUUGAGAAACCUGGACCCCCCAGCAGCAUCAGACUGCUGGAUGUCUGGAGCUGCAACGCUGCCCUCGAGUGGACACCGCCCCAGGACACAGGCAACACAGAGCUCCUGGGCUACACGGUGCAGAAGGCAGACAAGAAGACGGGGCGAUGGUUCACGGUCCUGGAGCGCUACCACCCCACCACCUGCACCGUCUCCGACCUCAUCGUGGGCAACUCGUACUCCUUCCGAGUUUUCUCAGAGAACCUGUGUGGACUCAGCGCCUCAGCAGCCGUCACCAAGGAGCUUGCCCACAUCGUAAAGACAGAUGUUGUUGCCAAACCCAAAAGCUUUGUUGAGCGAGACUUCUCAGAAGCGCCCUCCUUCACUCAGCCCCUGGCCGACCACACCUCCACCCCCGGCUACAGCACGCAGCUCUCUUGCAGUGUCAGAGCUUCACCCAAGCCCAAGAUCAUCUGGAUGAAAAACAAGAUGGACAUCCAGGGUGAUCCCAAAUACCGAGCUCUCUCUGAGCAAGGUGUCUGCACCCUAGAGAUCCGGAAACCCAGCCCCUUUGAUUCCGGAGUUUACACCUGCAAGGCCAUCAAUGUGCUGGGGGAGGCGUCUGUGGACUGCCGGCUGGAGGUGAAAGCCUCAGCCACACACUGAGGAGCCUCUGGUGGAAGCUGUGAAGAGGAGAAAGCAGGCGCACGUCGCCCAGCUCUGCCUGACAGCGGGGCUUGUGAAAUGUUCUCUGCCAGGCGCCGCAGGCCUGAGGGGUCAGGGCCGCCAGGCCCAGAGUCGAGCGCCUCAGAGGCCCGAGAUCUUCACAUCAUAGCGACAGCUGAUGGCUUUGCUCCUUGGUACCUGCCUCGCCUCUGUCCCUCCACUGGGAGCGGGCCUAGCAGGCCCCUGUACAGGCUUCCUAGACACCAGGAGCCCUGGAAGGUGCAAAGAUCGGAGCCCUCCUGCAGAGUCGUAUGCUGGGCCGGAAGCACUUGAAUAAAGGUGUUUGGUGUUA